AUGGAGGCUGAGGGGCCACCCCCGGGCAGGAGGUGCUUUCAGGAGGCCCUGGAGAAGCUUUUCCCUCGCCUCUGCUUCCUCUGCUCCCUGGUGACCUAUGCGCUGCUGGGUGCUGCCCUCUUCUCGGCCAUCGAGGGUGGCCAGAAAUUGGGGCCAAACGACCCAGAUUUUGAGGAGUUCUUGGAGGAGCUCUGUGGCAUCUUGAAAUGCAACAGAACAGUUGAAGAAGGCAGGAAACAGGACCUCGGGACGCUGCUGCAGAAGGUGAAGCCCCACUGGGUUAGCAGUUUUUCAGACUGGUCCUUCCUGAGCUCGCUCUUUUUCUGCUGCACGGUGAUCAGCACGGUGGGUUACGGCCACAUCUAUCCUGUCACCAGGCUCGGCAAAUACUUGUGCAUGCUCUACGCCCUCUUCGGCAUCCCCCUGAUGUUCCUAGUCCUCACGGACAUGGGUGACAUCCUGGCCACCAUCCUGUCCACGUCUUACAAUCGGUUCCAAAAGCUGCCAUUGUUCCCGCCUCACCUCCGUGAGUGGUGCUGUCGCUUGCUCUGCAGAAGGCCGGCCACCAAGCCCGUGGCCAAAGCUGUCCCGAGGAUCGUCAUAGAUGCCCAAGAGCUUCCGGACGUCAAACCCGGCAGGUGUCCCUCGGCCCCGGGUGGCAACGCGGAUCUGUUCGAGAGACUCCUUGCACGGGAGAAGCAGAACACGCUGCAACCGCCCCCGCAGGCCGUGCAGAGGAGUAACUCGUGUCCCGAGCUCGUGUCGGGGGGACUCUCCUACUCGAUCAUCAGCAACCUGGACGAGGUGGGACGGCAGGUGGAGAAGCUGGACGUCCCCCUCCCGGUCAUCACCCUCCUUGUGUUCGCCUACAUUUCCUGUGCAGCGGCCAUCCUCCCCAUGUGGGAGACGCAGCUGAACUUCGAGAACGCCUUCUAUUUCUGCUUUGUCACACUGACCACCAUUGGGUUCGGGGAUACCGUUCUCAAACACCCCCACUUCUUCUUGUUCUUCUCCAUUUACAUCAUCAUUGGGAUGGAGAUCGUGUGCAUCGCUUUCAAGCUGGUGCAGAACAGGCUGCUUCACCUCUACAAAAAUCUCAUGCUGUUCUUUGCAAAAGGGCUAUUUUACCACCCUGUUAAAAAGUGAAAUCUCCACCCUCUCCUGAGUGGCAGAUGCCAGCUGAGCUGGUUUCCUCGCCUCGCCUUUUGGGGGCCAGGGUCGUUGGAACUGGUGACCCCGCCACCUGUCACCUGAGACCUUGGGGCUUAGAGAUAAAUCCUGCAUGAAGGCUAAUUUGGGUCUCGAGGCCCUGCAGAAACGUGGCCAAUGCCUUUCGUAUCAAGACAUGAGACAAAAACUUUCACCAUCCUCCAAAGCCCCAUUAGUUGCCCUGUCUUCAUUUUUGAAAAGCCCCACCUUAUGUGGAUGAAGCCACCCUAUGGAUGUCACAGCUUUUCUUGAGUUACGAGAAAAAAAAUUACCUUUGCUUUUGCGAUGUGCAGUUGCAGCUGGAUUAAAAUCUUCCCGAGAGGCUCCCUGUUCACCCCAGAUGAAGCAGAGCUAGUCUGAACAACCUCUUUUCUUGAAUGACUUCAUGAACUUCUGCAAGGUUGGCCCAGGCCCAGGCCACGCUAAACACACGGAGGCCACGGUGGGAUUGUCACCUGUGUUCACAGGGGCCUGGGGCAUCUCGACCCCCGAUUCUGUGUAGACCAGUGUUCUCGCUAAAGUGGCUCAGGACUGGCACCUCCCGAAUGAGUAGGCAUGUGCAAAUGUUGAUGCCUGGGUAGGUGGUGGGUACGGGAAAGGGUUGGCGCUCAGUGGGGGGAUGUGCUCCUCAGCCGUUUCUGACCGAGUUGGCACGUGAAUGAGCUGGUCUGUGUGGCGGAUGCUGUCCAUGCCCCACUCCCAGGCCCUGGGACUCCAGCUUGCCUUGCCCGAGGACUGUCCUCUGUCACUAAAGCAUGGGCAUGUGCAGAGCAGGCUAGAAGUGCCAAGGGUUUAGCGCUCCUGGGAGCACCCUUCCUAUCAACAACUGACAGGACGAAGUAGAUGGAUGGUGCCCAACUGCUGGCCCCUCCCAUGGGCUGACUCUGGAUCAUGUUCAGCACUGUCUCCCCGAGGUCUCCAGUGGAAGAGAGCCUCAGUUGCUCAUCAGCAUCCCCUGUCUUGGCCUCCUUCAUCUUGGUCUCAUUUCCCCAUUUCUCUUGAGAUCACCCCCAAAUGACCCACUAGCACACAAAUCCUUGUCUCAGAGUCACUCCUAGGAACCCCAGCCGGGGAGAGGAUGUAACAAGUCAG